AUGAAAGCGCCGGCUUCGGGCCUGGGCGCCCUCGACAGGGAAGGGCCGGGGAUUUGCUCUGGCGGCCGCCGCCGCCACCGCCGCCACCACCGCCGCUCUGCGCCUGCGCCGCCUCCCGGGCUGGGUCUCGAGGGGCGCCGCUUGCAACGAGGGGUAACAGCCGGGAGCGCGAGCUCGCGCCGGCGCCUCGGCUCACCCGAGGCCGGUAGUGCGGGCGGCGGAACAGCACUUUCCUUCCCCCCUCCAGCUCCCUUUCCUACUGCGGGGGCGGUGGAAAAAGGCGUGGGGGAGGGGUGGGGAAGGGAGGACGCGGGGGCGGGGCAGCGCUCGAGCCCCGCCCCCGGGGAGGGCCGAGGCUGCACGGCCACUGCUCCCCUCCCCCACGCACCCCGCCGCGACACCCUCAGGGCGCGGGGGUGCCAGUGCCGACAGCCCGUGAGCCCCGCCUCCGCGUGCGCGCGGCGGGUCCCGAGCAGAAACAGAGCCAGGGAGAAAGGACUCAAGGAAGAAAGUCUGUUUAAUGACACAGCUGGGUCUGGUUACAAACAUCAGAAACUGCAAAAGGAAGACAGGCAGUUACAUGGACGGCUGCAUGAAGAUGGCAAGGUGGGACACAAGUACAAUAGCCACAGCAGCAAAACAUCCUUGAGGAAGAUACACAUGACCAUGAGGCACACAUGGCGGGUCCCCAGCAACAUCUAUCUAGAUGGGUGGACAGGACCAACUGCCAGCCAGCAGCCAGGAGGGGAAGGGGAGGGAAGGCGCUGGGCACUCAGAGCUCCAGGAUGAGAUGUCAUCACUGCCCCACUGACAGCACCCUGGAUCCCCCUCCCACCGGGGCUAUCUUAGCGGCAAAGGCAGAGCUGACGUUUGAAGUUCCUUGACCAUGGCCGCUCCCCCAGCGCAGUCAGCCUGUCCAGGACUCCUGGCCCCCUCUCUCUGCACCUUGGCCAUUUGGGGGCAAGUCAGGGAGGCACAUCCUUUUGUUGCGGGUAGAGGUAGGGAGAGCCAAAGCCUUUUUGCCUGAAGUGGGAAGCAGGAAUGUGGGGAGCUGGUCAGAGAGAAUGAGCUGGGCUUUACUGGGAAGAUGGGUCACCCCAACCCUGCCCAUGCAGGCCCAGGUCCUCUCUGUGCUGAUGUGGGACCCUUGUCAUCUCUGCCAGAACACUGUUCUCUGCCUGGAAGCUACCAGGACCCCUCAGUGGGCAGAACCGAGGCUUCACACGUGCCUCUGGGCCCUCCGUGAGUCUAUUCUGUUUUGUAA